AUUUCUCCUCAAGAACUCUCUCAAUCCGUACUGUGCUGUUGUACCUCUAUCAAUAGCAUCCUCUUGCUUCUUCCAUGGAGAUGGAGCCGGGCUGCCGCUCCUCUUCCUCCAAGCAGCUCUGACUAGUUAGUACCUGGGAUUCCAGCAGGGAUGGCGCUGCAAGCCCAGCAACUACCCUCCUUCUCCUUGGCUUCCCCGACACUCCGGACCCUUGGCCUUUCCUGCACCCUCAAAUCCUUCUCCAAAUGCUUCCUCCGUUCCUAUUCCCAUUUACAGACCCCGUGGCGGCGAAACCAUCCACUCGCCUACCCUCCACUACGUUUCUCGGACCAACAUGGAAAGGAAGAUGACGACGACUGGGAGCAGGCGGAGGGAAGUUGGGGCUCACCCGCCCGAGCUCACCUCUACGGCGCCCGGGAGGAUAGGGAUGAUGGCAGCGGCGGGGGGAGCCCGCGCCACGGCGAAGCCGCGGAGGAAAAGGAGCUCCAAGAAUCCAAAGUCGAGGACGAGGAUGGUGGGGAGGUAGGCGAGUGGGACCCGCCUUUCAGCCCCUUCCGAGGGCAGCGUGAGCAGCGGUAUGACCAAGAGGAGGAUUCGGACGACGACGAGAAUGGAGGAGGAUGCGAGUGGCUGGACCCAAGCUUCUUCUUGCGAAGCCAGCAAGGGGUAAGCGACGUUUGCACCACCACCACGGCUGCCAUGGAACAAAUCCUCGCCUUCGCCAGGAACCCCGCGGUGGACGGCCCGGGAUUUGCCGAGUUCUUGGCUGGUUACACCGGGGGAUCCUUCAGCGAGGGAGAGUGCGUGGAACCGAUGAGGAGAAUGGGGGAGGAGGGGCUGCCAUUGGGCUGUGUACACCUGUUCCGGUGGAUGCGGGAGCAGGAGACGCUGCUAGUGCCAGUGUCGCCACAGGCGUGGUUGGUGGCUAUUGUUGCGCUUGGGCGAAUGGGGAUGGCUGAUGAGAUCUUGGAGAUUGUAGCAGGUUUGCCACCGGAGAGGCAGUUCCGCGAAGCGGUCCUUUACAAUUCCGCGAUAUCUGCUGUUGCCUACCGCGGGAGGUAUGAUAUUGCCUGGGAAAUAUUUGAGCUUAUGGAAAAGAACAAUGUGCAACCUGAUCACAGGACGUCCUCAGUCAUGCUUAAUGUUAUGAAGAAGAGUAAGGCAUCUGCCAAGGAUGCAUGGCAGUUUUUCCAACGGAUGAACAGAAAAGGAGUCAACUGGAGCUUGGAUGUUGCUGCUGCUCUGAUAAAUAUCUUUUGUUGUGGGGGACUGAAAAAGGAAGCUCUGAUCAUCCAGUCAGAAAUGGAGAAGAGGGGAAUUGCAUCGAACAUAAGCAUAUAUAACACACUAAUGAAGGCAUACUGCAAAUCCAACCAAAUUGAAGAAGCCGAGGGGCUCUUUGUUGAGAUGAAAGAAAAAGGUUUGCAAGCAACAACAUCAACUUAUGAUAUCCUUAUGGAUGCUUAUGGUAGAAGAUUGCAGCCUGAAGUUGUUGAGUUGUUACUUCUGGAGAUGCAAGAUUUAGGACUAAGACCAAGUACUAGAUCAUACAAUUGUCUCAUAAACGCCUAUGGGCGGCAGAAGAAAAUGAGUGAAAAGGCUGAAGAUGCUUUCCUGAGGAUGAAGACAGACGGCAUUAAGCCAUUAUCUUCUUCAUACACUGCAUUACUUUGUGCAUAUGCAGUUAAUGGACUGAAUGAAAAAGCUCAUACCAUAUAUAUGGAUAUGAAAAGAGAAGGACUUAAACCCACCUUGGAAACCUAUACAGCUUUGCUUGACACUCUUAGGAGAGCUGGCGACACAGAGAAGCUAAUGGAGACAUGGAAAUCAAUGAUCGAUGAAAAGGUUGGGGGGACUAGGAUCACAUUUCACAUGGUACUCGAUUGUUUAGCGAAACAUGGGUUGUAUCUUCAGGCAAGGGAUGUUAUAUAUGAAUUUGGAAAGAUUGGUUUAAAGCCUACUGUCAUGACAUGCAACAUUUUGAUGAAUGCUUAUGGAAGGGGAGGACAGCAUUACAAAAUGCCUCAACUCUUGAAAGAGAUGAUUGUUCUGGAACUAAAACCAGACUCCAUUACAUACAGUACAAUGAUAUAUGCAUAUGCCCGUGUUCGUGACUUUUCGAGGGCAUUCUAUUACCACAAGCAGAUGGUUCGAAGUGGGCAAGUACCUGACUCUAGGUCGUAUAGAAAGUUGUUGAAUACUUUGGAUGUGAAGGCUGCAAGAAAGAACAUAAAGGAUAAGAGUGCCAUACAAGGGAUCAUAAAAAGCAAGUCUGGUUUAAAAACUAGGAAGGAAAAGAAAGAUGAGUUUUGGAAGAAUAGAAAAAAAGGGUCUAUGCUGAAUCUGGCUUAUGGGCGCCAGAGAAAAAGAUUUUUGUGAUUUUUAUCUUCAGUUCACAUUCAAUUGUAUUCAAGAUUUGCAUCCCUAUUUCACUCCCUUGCAUUUUCAUUCUCUUGAAAUGUUCAAGUUGGUGAUUACUGGGUUAUAGGCCUACAUUUUUUUUUUUAUCUAUUUUCAGUAACCUGAAUCAACUAUAAGGUUUUGCGUUUUACAUGGUUGGUCUCGGACACUAUUCA